AUGGAAGAAUUAUCCUCCGGUUCCGAGUCCGACUAUGCCGCGACAUGGGUAUCCUGGUUCCUGUCGACAAAGGGCAAUGAAUACUUUGCUGAGGUCGACGAAGACUAUAUCCUGGACCGAUUCAACCUGACCGGGCUGAACGGGGAGGUAGUACAGGAGUACUCGAGGGCGCUGGACUUGAUCACAGACUCGCUAGAUGACGAAGGUCUCGAUGAGGAUGUCCGGGAAGCCAUCGAGUCAUCCGCUCGGUUUCUCUACGGCCUGAUUCACGCGCGGUACAUCAUCACCAUGCGCGGACUAGCCAAGAUGCUUGAGAAGUUCCGCAAAGCAGACUUUGGCCGCUGUCCCCGCGUAUACUGCUACCAGCAAGCCCUCCUCCCUGUCGGGCUCUCCGAUAUCCCCUACCACAAAGCCGUCAAGCUCUACUGUCCCCGCUGCGAAGACAUCUACUCGCCCAAAUCCAAUCGCCACGGCUCGAUCGACGGCGCGUACUUUGGAACCACGUUCCCCCAUAUGCUGUUCAUGGUCUACCCGCAAAUGAUUCCCAGCAAGGGGCAGAGUGCCGGCGAGGGCGGGAGACUGGGCAUGGGCAUGGGGAUGGGCAGUGGGAGUGGGAAUCUGAACUAUGGGCCCCCCGCGGAUGUGGGGAGCGCAAGUACGGCGACGGCCGCGAUGAAAGCGGAGAAGUAUGAGCCGAGGAUGUAUGGGUUUAGGGUGCAUGAGGAGGCGAGAUUGAGUAGGUGGAGGUUGGCCAAACGGGAUGGGCAAAUAGCCAGACUGGAAGCGCUCGAAAGGGAGACCAACCCGCCUAAUCUGUAG